CGGUGUCUUGAGUGGGCAUGAGAAAUUAGAGAUACUGCAACAAUGUGUGAAUACAGUAUAGGUUCAUCAGGUAUCAAUCUAGGAUGUCUUUUAUCAGCCCCCAAAUGGUAUUCAAUAGCUUAGAGGGUAAUGAAUUUAUUAUAAUGAGACAAGAUCAAUUUCCGAUGGAUGUAUAUUUUUGGAAGAAAAAAAAAUCCACCCCUAGUCAUUUGAUAAUUGGUUAAAAGUUGAUUUGAUAAUUUACCUUCCUUCCUGAAGAUAGACUUAUGAGCAACGUUUAAUCAUUUUUUUAUUAUAUAGGAUGUCUUUUAUCUUAGAUUAAUCCUUCACCUCUUCUUCGUUGGUACGGUCUAUUUGUUUCACAAAUGCUACAAGAAAGCCAGAAUAUGGCACGAGUCAAUCUAGGUGGCAAGAUUGACUCGUGCCAUGUUCGGACAAACCCUUACAAUUGUUAUUGGUCCGUAGGCCUUAGACAUGUGACUUCAUUAAUAACUAUCCUUUAAAACUUGUCAUACCUCAAAGUAAUUACAAUGUGGUACUACUGCUUAUGGAUCGACAUUGGAAAACUUACCCGGAACUAAAGUACAGUAAAGUAUGUUAAGUUAUUAUACAGAUAUUUAUAGUUCAAUUUUUAGUUAGGGUAUAUUUAUAAUGAUUUUUCCUCUAAAUAAGAUGUGUAAUCAUAGAAUGUUGGACUUCUAGAACGUCCAUUACAAACGCUUCUUGAUUUAUCCUAAUAGUUUGGUGAGAAAUAUUUAUGGGGUUAGAUUGAUUGUCCUAGAUUCGGUGAUACCUGAUUCAUGCAAGACAUUGGAAAACUUCAUUAAUAAAUAUCUUAUAAUUUUAAAUUAAUGCUCUCAUUGAUGGGUAUAGUUAGUUAAUGAAUAUGGUGUUGUUGUAAUAAAUCAUGAGAUCAAUUCCUAACAUAUGUGAAUUGUAUCUUAGGUCACUUGAUCCCGUAUGAAAAACUACUGUACUGAGUGAAGCCUCCAAUUGGUUAAGAAAUACGGUGUUAUUGUAAUAGGUCAUGUGAUCGAUUUUCAGCAUAUGUGAAAUACGUCGCAAGCCACUAUGCCUGGUGACCAAGCUUUUCAUGAUUUACUUUCCUUCUAAAUUGCAUAGGACAAUCCUCAAGGAGUCCUGGAAGAGGUUCAGCUUGUAAUGCAACAUUGAACAACAUUUAAAACAACAAUAAAUAACUAAUAAGUAGAAGUUGUUUAGAUACAUUCAUUUUGUUCAAUGUAAUAGAAGAGAGUACAAGAUAAAAUAUGAAAAUAUUAAACAAAUAAAAUGAAAAGUAUGAUAGGUUGGAGAAUGGGUGAUAUCUUUCUUCUAACAUGUCUAAUAUUAUCGGCCCACGAUAAAAUAUAAACAGAUAAAUCAUGAGAGAUUUUAUCCUAGCACAACGAUAUGAAGAAGGUCAGAUAUCUAUUGAGAUAUUUUGUAUUCAUUCUCAAGACCUACUAGAGUAAAUAUACAGAUACAUCAACUUAGGCAGCUAAAAAGGCAUGAUAAAUGAAACUAGAUAGGGUAUAUAUAUAUAAAUUAAUCUUCUUUCAAUUAUCAUCUUUUAAUCAUCACUCAGAAAUUCAUUAACAAAUGAACCACUAAGUAACAUCUUUAAAAUAUAAAUAAAAAGUGCUUUUCAAUUUAUUUAUCCGAACAAUAUAUAAAAUUUUUUACGAGACGCCAUCAAUCGUCUAAAUUGUUCAAUGUUAUUUAGCUCAUCGUUUAUUUUUUUUACACAUGUAAAUAAAGCCAUUUGAAAUAUAGUUUAAAGCUCUCAUCCCUGUAUAUAAAAUGAUAUAUCUUCUUUACAAAUAAUUGUACCAUAAUAAAAAGUUAAAUUUAUAGUUCUCUCUCUAAAAAGUUAAAAAAUAAUAAUAAUUAAAACCUCAUAACGGAUUAAAUAUGAGCGUGGAAUCAAGAUUAGAGUAUAUAGUUCACUCAAAAGAGUCUCAAUAAUAUGAUAAUCUUGAUUUGGAUCAAAUUUGAUAAAUUUAAAGUUGUUGUGGUCAAAAUUUAUUAAUGACUUUAGACAUAUAUAACAUGCAUGAGUUUUUAAAAUUUAGAUAAUUUAAUAUGAUUUUAAUAUAAGUCACUAUUAAUUUAAAUCUAUCAUAUUUACUCAUACCAAUAUGUUUUUGAAAUUCUUCUAACCCUAACCAUGCUAAAAUUUUUAAAAUCAUAAAAACUGCUAGUCAAGCUCACUAAUAACCUGCAUUAGAAUCAAUCCAAAUUAAAAUAAAGUAGAACAAGAAUUGAGCCAUUAAAACAUGAAAAAAAAAAUGAUUAAUUAUGUUAGGUAACGUCGAGUUUGGAUGAUUGGUCUGGUUUUACGAAAAUUUUUCAUCCGUUAUGAGGAUAAAUCGGGAAGCGCUCGUAGCGUGCAGCGUAGGAGUCCAACAUCUUUUAGUUACAUGUCUCAUUUGGAGAAUUUUUUUUUAUAAAUUUAUCAUAAUUAGGAUUCGAAUCAUAAUUUGAAUGUCCUGUCGUUACACCAUAGUUCUGAGACAAUUAAAACACGAAAUAAGAACAAUAAAGUAGAACAAUGAGUGAGAACAUGUGGACUAAUCAAAACUCAAGCAGGAAUAACGCAAACCGCAAAAAUACAAUGUCUGGUAUGAAAACAAAAUACUAGAUUUGAAACAAAAAAACUUCAAGACAACUUGAAACAAAGAGAUCUAUCAUCUAACUUGAUCUUCCAAGCUGCCAACUCACCUUCCAGAUUUUAAUUAAUCGCAACAGUCGUUUUAUUUUUUCCAUUUGUAUUAUUCAUUAUAUUCCAGAAGGCAAAAUACUUAUUUCAAUAGGCAAGUUGGUAGACUCGAUCGCUUAAAUUCACAUAAAAGGAAUGCGACACAUGAGAAAAGGUUGUCAUUAAGAUAAAGACGCAACGUUAAUGGUGUGUGUUGGGGACUGCGAGCAGCAGUUCCCACAUCCAACCACACCUUUGCUGUCCUCUCCCAGCACUGCUUCGUAUUCUUUCUCCGAGAUGGAGAGAGAGCGAGAGAGGAAGGUCGCCGUCUCGGGUCUUGUCACUCAAGCUUUUAUAUCCAUGGCCUCUCCAUCUUCCCAUGCAUCCCAUUGUUUUUUUUUUUUUUCCUUUCAGAAAAGAAAAAAAAAAAAGAAAAUGUCUGCAAUUUCGUAGUAUUUUUUUUUGGUCCUUUUCUUGUUGGUGAGGACUGAGGUGAGGAGGGAGGGGAAUGGAAGGCAAUAAUAUAGUAAGCCUUUUGGUUGCCCCAUUAAAACCAGCCACCGCCAUCCGCCUCUGCUUCUCUUUUGGCAGCACUUCCAAAAUCCUCCGUGCCGCUUCCUUUUUCCUGCUUCCCUUCUUCUCCGCCGCCCCAUCACCAUCUCUACUGUCCUAUCGCGCGCCUGUAGCUUAUGGGCGACGAGGUAGAGCUCUGACACGCCACUCCGCCGUGUUAUUGUGUUAUGUCUCGCAUUGAAGGCCAGUCGCUCGCUGAAAUGCUCAAACGAGGCGCCGCCAUGCAGGUGGGGUUUUCGAGCAGCAGCAACAGCAGCAUGCCUCGGUGGCUUGAGGUGAUGCUGGCGGAGAAGUUCUUCAACUCGUGUAUGAUCCACGAGACCUCCAAGAAGAACGAGAAGAACAUCUUCUGCCUCGAUUGCUGCUCCAGCUUCUGCCCUCAGUGUCUUCCUCCUCACCGCCCUCAUCGUCUUCUCCAGGUAAGAAGGUAUGUGUACCACGAUGUCGUGCGAGUGGACGAUUUGGAGAAGUUAAUCGACUGCUCUUCUGUUCAGUCAUACACGACCAACAGCGCCAAGGUGGUGUUCUUGAACGAGCGACCGCCGAGCCGCCCGUUUCGCGGCUCCGGCAACGCCUGCCUCUCCUGCUAUCGCCCUCUCCAAGACCCCUACCUCUUCUGCUCCCUCGCCUGCAAGGUGAAGGAGCUGCUGCAGAACGAAGGCGGGCUGUGGAAGGAGCUCCGGGAGUGCGAGUACCUCCCUCUUCCGAGCUCCUGUGAUCUGGACGAGGGGCAGCUGACGCCGGACUCCAUCCUCGAGUCCGCCACCUCCUCCGCCUCCAGCGGCGGCGGCGCGGAGCUCGGCGUCGCAGAUACUGAGCCCGUAUCCUGGCGGAAGAUGCGAAGCGGCCCCCGACGUGCGGCUGCCGCGGCGGAGGUGGCGAGCCGGAGGAAGAAGGGCGUCCCCGUCCGAGCUCCACUGUUCUGAUUCCGGCGCGACGGGGUAAAAUUGGAAGAAGAAAAAAACAAAAAUUUGAAUCGACACAAUUUUGUGAACCAAAGCAUUGCAGCGGGCGAAAGCGGUUCGGUUCGAUUCGGCAUUAAAUCUUCUCAUUGGUUUUUGUUUCAUUUAUAUUCACUUGUUUGUUUCGUAAGAACCAAAAAGGGCUCGUGCGUUUCUUCGUCGUUUGGAUGCUAUUUCUCUGGAGUCGAGACAAAGUUUGAUGAUAUGGUUUGACCGGCUAUUUACGAUUCCAACCCGUAAUUUUUAAAAUUCUCAAAAAGGGAGUCGGACUUUUGUGAAAAGGGCAGCGUUGGCAAGAGCAUAAAGAAAAGUAUCUUUUUGGUACGUCGCUUUUGUCAAUUUAACAAAAGACACGUCGCAGUUAGCUUCAAACGAUGAUGUGUGUUUGGAGUUUUACAGGGGAGGGGGUUCAGUGGGUUAGAUGGCGUCAAAGUGAUUGUACCAGAUAGGAAUU